AUGGUCGGCAUCGGUGGGAGGAGCCGCGGCUGUAAAACGUGCCGCCGUGCUCGAGUGAAAUGCGGGUUCAACCCCUUCCCCGUCUUUAUUGAUGGUCUUUCCCUUAACGAGAUCAAGGCGGACAACGCUACAGAAGGGGAUGGGAAGAAGGAAACAUCUCUGGUGCCGGCGCCUAGUCUCGAUGAAGACAAUAUCUUUACAACUCACCUCAUUAUGACCCUCUUUAUACCCUUUAAAGGGAGCAAUACGGUCCCUAACCCCAGCCUAUCUCUCUGGCUAAUGAGCUCUAUUCUGCCAAGUGACCAUCCCCAGGCCCCACAACUUGCAGUUCGAGCUUGUGCUGCCGCAUAUUUUGGAAAAAUACAUCGUCAAUUUUCUGCAGCUGAAAGAGGUACAGUCUUGUACACGAAAGCGCUGCGUCAGCUUCAGAAGCAACUCUUUGAUUCAGAACAGGUUUUAAAAACAGAUACCCUUUCCGCUACCCUGUUACUGGCCCUGUUCGAGAUGAUCACUUCCAAAGACAUGAAUGGGUGGCUAAGUCAUUUACUUGGAGUGGGACACCUUAUCAAAUUUCGAGGACCUCAGGCUCAUCGAGAUGGCACAGGCAAAGAGCUUUUCCUGACAACACGUCCGUCCAUUGCGCUUUUCGAAAAGCUCUACAAUUGGCGCGUGAAAUGGGAGCAAGAUUUCUCACACACAUAUUUCAACGUUGGAUUGGAUAGUCUCAAGGACUUGAACGUUUUCGAACUUGACUCCUAUCCUUUUCCUACCGCAAUCUUCUUCACUGAGCACAUUCGAGUCGCCGAAAUCUGCAUAUACAACGCAAUGCUACUGCUUCUACAUCAAGCUUGCCGGCAACUUCCAGCUUCAAUAAGGCCAACGGUGACAUCCUAUGAGAAUACAUAUUCCUGGCCACGACCGUCAGUUCUUUUGGCACCUGGAGACGGGUCAGUGGAGGAUAUCAUUGGGGAAUUUUGCAAGCUGACUGUUGUGGAUUUGAUGCUAGGAGCUCUUUGCUGGAACUGUAGCAAGAGGCCGCCACUUUUUGAUUCAUCUUGUAUUCGUCCCAAAAGGCCCGAUUUUAAGCCAAAGGGGGCUUUGUUUUGA